CUCUUCGCCUCUGUUGUUUGUUUAGGUAGGAGCUGGCCAUGUCCGAGCGGAAGAUGCAUAGAAGGAGUCAGGCCAGCUUGAAAGAGCGAGUAAGAAAGAGAAACAUGGAAAGGACAGGGCUGGGGAAAGCCUAUGAGCCGUUGUCUGCAGGUGCUAAUGGCACAAGCAGCCACAGUGUGCAACUGAAGAGCAUCCUAGCCAACAACAGAGCUCUAGCUCGGGCUUUGCAGGAGGAGAAGCUCAGAGUGAGACGAGCCAAAGAUGCCUUUCUGUGUUUGAAGGGGGAGAAUCAAUGCCUGAAGUUUGAGAUCUUUUAUUUAGAGAUGCUGCUUCAGUCAUGGCAAAUGUGGGCAUCCGCUGAGAAUGCGAGAAUGUUUCCUCCAGUGCCUCUAAUGAUUCCUGUUGUCACUGGACAGGACCAUUGUGUGGGAGUUCCACAGCAUAUUGUGGAAUAUGAAGAAUUCCCUGAGAGUGAGAUGAAAGCCACAGCAGACGACAGUAAGCCAGCUGGCUGCUUUUCAGAGGACUUCUGUGAAUCUGCCAGUGCUGAUGCUGUAAAGGAAACAGACCCGGAGAGUGGAGUCGUAGAGGAGAUGCGUUUGCAGAUGAGUAUUAUCUGAUAGCUCCAAUUUUCCAGGAGGAAAAAGACUCUCUUGAAAUAAAGGAGAAAUGUUUUCAUUAUCAGUGAUGUGUCCUGUCAUUCUUAACAC